AUGAUCCCCCGGCGGCCUCGACUCCCCGCGAUCAACCAGCCGGGCUCCGCCGCGCGCCUCGAGGUGAUGCGAUCCAAGCCGCUGUUCACGAUCGGUCUCUUCGCGGACGCGCAGUACGCGGACAGGGACGACCACGAGCGCGAGUGCGAGCCCGGGCGCGUGAAGUACUUCCGCGAGGGGCCCGCGAGGCUGCGAGCGGCGAUGCGCGACAUUCGAAAGCGCGGCGGGGAGUCGCUCGCGUGCGUGCUCAACCUGGGCGACAUCAUCGACGGGAGGAACGACGACGACGUCCGCGCGGAGGUGCCCACGCGCCGCGCCGCGGUCCCGGAACAUCUCCUGCGGCAAAACCUGGAAGACUUGGCGCUGAUGGCGGGAAUCGUGGAGGAGACGCGCGGCGCGACCCCGGUGUAUCACUGCCUCGGAAACCACGACCUCAACGUGCCGCGCGAAGACGCGCUGCGCGUCCUGGGAGGGAACCCCGGGCGCGCGGCGUACUUUACGAAGAAACUGCCGCGCGGGUGGCGUUUAAUCGUUCUAGACACCACGGACGUGAACCCACGGUACGCGACGCCCGGGUCGGAGGCGCAGCUGGCGGGGGAGGCAUACGUUCGAGACGCGAAGGCGGCGGCGGCGGGAGGCGACGCGGCUCGCGUCCUCGGCGCUCCCGCUCCCGACGACGUCUGCAAGCCGUGGGGCGGCGGCGUCGGCGACGCGCAGCUCGCGUGGCUCGAGAAGACGUUGGCCGACGCGGUGACGAACGAGGAGCGCGUGUUGAUCGCGUCGCACUGCGCGCUGUCGCCGACGAGCGCGCGCCCGGGCAUGGCGGCGUGGAACGCGCGGGAGCUCGCGCGGACGCUCGAGGCGCGUUCUAUGUCACACCGGUCCCCAUACGACCGCGUCGGCGUGGCGUGCCCGGCGGUGGCGCUCUGCGUCGCGGGCCACGACCACCCGGGCGGGUACGGCCGGACGCUCGUGAUCAACCCCAAAGACGGCCUGCACACGUUCGGAAGGGUGCACCACGUGACCCUAGAGGCGAUGCUCGAGGCGAAGCGCGGGAGCACGUCGUACGCGACGUUGGAGGUGUACGACCACGACGUCGCCGUCGUCGGCGUCGGCGCCGCGACGAGCCGACGGCUGCAGGCGCGUUCUAUCUCACACUGGUUCCCAUACGACCGCGUCGGCGUGGUGUCGCCCGACGGGAACUUCACGGGGGUGGCGCUGUUCGGGGCGGCGAUGAACGACAUCGCGACGGGGGGUCGCGGCAGCGGUGACGGCGGCGGCGAUGACGUCUACGCGGGGGUGAACAUGGACGAGCUGAGCAUCGUGGAUUGGAUCAACGCGAACCGCGGCCGCGGGGGGCUGGACGUGAAGAUCGAGUAG